AUGACCACUCAAAGAAUACUGGCAGCAUGGAUGAGGCAGCGUUGCUCCGUCUCAAAUCGACAUUGGAUACAACGAAACUUUACUCAAACAGCUGUGCAGAGAGAACGAGCUCUGGCUUAUCCUCGCUUUCAUAUACAACCCGAGAAGCAUGGCAAGUGGAUCACAGCAAAAGAUCUGCUCAAAUAUCAGCCACUGGAGAAAGGAAAGAAGGCUGAAGAUGAUCUUGUUACAUUGACAGGUCGCAUCAUCUCCAAAAGAGAAUCCAGCGCCAAGUUGAUCUUUUAUGACAUUAUGCAGAACGGCGAAUCAGUACAAGUAGUAGCAUCUCGAGGAAGAUUCAGUGGCUCACCAGAGGACUUUGCGGAUAAGAAUAGAGAUUUAUGUAGAGGCGAUAUUGCCUCAUUCACGGGUGUACCUGGCAAGACAAACCAUGGACAACUGAGCGUAUUCGUCACCAAGGAUUUACAAGUGCUUACGCCAUGUUUACACGACAUUCCUCGCACAGGCCUCAAAGAUCCAGAAAAGCGAUUUCGUGCCAGACAUUUAGAUUUGCUCGUCAACCCAGAAUCAUCCAAAAUAUUACGCACCCGAUCGAAAGUUAUCAGAUUCAUCCGAGAUUUCUUUGACAAACGAGGCUUUUUGGAAGUAGAGACGCCUAUUUUAUCAGGAAAGGCGGGUGGAGCAAACGCACGACCUUUCGAAACCCACGCUCAUGCCAUGGACAUGGAUAUGCAACUUCGAAUUGCACCUGAACUCUACCUCAAACAACUGGUGAUUGGCGGCAUAGAUCGAGUGUUCGAGAUUGGAAAGCAGUUUAGAAACGAAGGCGUGGAUUCAGAUCAUAAUCCCGAGUUUACUACAUGCGAAUUCUAUCAAGCGUAUGGAACUCUAGAGGGCCUGAUGCAGGAUACAGAGACAUUGCUGUCAGAAAUGGCGGAGUGUGUGUGCGGCCAGACGCCGAUUUUGCUAAAGUCAGGGGAAGAGAUCAACUUUCGUGAUCCGUUCAAAAGAAUCAAUGUCAUGGAUAGAUUAAGCAGCGAAUUGGGCACUUCGUUGCAGUUUCUAGAAUCAAAAGAUGCUUUAAAUCAAUUGACAUCGUUAUGCCACGCAAAGGGGAUCAAGUUGUCUGGGCCAUUGACAUUAGCGCGUAUUUUGGACAAACUCAUAUCUGAAUACAUCGAACCCGAAUGCAUUCAACCUACAUUUCUAUACAACCACCCACUUGCAUUAAGUCCGUUGGCAAAAGAUGCUAUUGAUAUUAAGGGCCAAACAGUGGCUGCAAGGUUUGAACUAUUUGUGGGCGGAAAAGAGGUUGUGAAUGCCUAUGAAGAGUUGAAUGACCCCCAAGAGCAACGCAAACGCUUUAGAAUGCAAUUACAAGAUAGACAAGAUGGUGAUCUAGAAGCGCCUUUACCAGACACAGACUUUUGUGAUGCCUUAGAGUAUGCAUUACCUCCUACGGCUGGCUGGGGAAUGGGAAUUGAUAGAGUCGUACAACUGAUGACUGGUGCUACACACAUUCGUGAGGUUUUGGCAUUCCCAGUGAUGCGCCCAAACAAUCCAGCUGCUGCUAGUAACCAUUGCAACACUGCCACAUUGAGUAACCAUAACAACGACACUACCACACACCAAUAA